AGAUACACACACACACACUCCAACACAGUGUGGGCUCAAGCAGACGCACGAGGCGCACAUUUCUACAGCGGCGCGAACUUUCUGAUAGGCUUUUAAUGAAUAAAUAAAAAACAAACAAACAAACAAAUAAACGGACACACAGACGGAUGGACGGGCGGGCGGGGAGAUGAAAGGCGCCGCGGGGCUCAGUGAUUGGCGGAUCUGAUUGAUGCAGCGCCCGAGAAGAGCCCGCAGCAGCUUCAGCAUCAGGACCAUCCUCGGAGAGGAAGAGGAGGAAGAGGACGAGGAGGAGGAAGAGUGCGCGUGCCCCGCGGUGGGGCACGGAGCGGCGCGCGGGACCCUCACAGGUGCGCAAUUUGACUGCAGUCCUGCUCUGAAGGCAGGAGCUAAAGGGCAAGUGAGGGUCGGUUCCUGUGGUCCCGGCGGUGCUGGUGGUCCAAGGUGGGCGAAUGGAGAUCGGGACAGGGAUAUGGAGCUGGAGGGGGAGGGGGAGGGCUGCAGCGGGGGGAGGAAGAAGACCAGGACGGUGUUCUCCCGCACUCAGGUGUUCCAGCUGGAGACCGCCUUCCACACCAAGCGCUACCUGAGCAGCUCGGAACGGGCCGGCCUGGCCUCCAGCCUGCACCUGACUGAGACCCAGGUGAAGACCUGGUUCCAGAACCGCAGGAACAAGUGGAAGAGACAGCUGUCUGCUGAGCUCGAAGCUUCAUCACCAUCCUCAUCCUCCUCACGGACUCUCCUGGCCAUGCCCCUUGCCCCACCCCUUCCUGCGGGCAUGUCUUUCUAUUACCCAGGGUGCACUAUUGCAGGCCUGCCCUUAUACAGUCUUUAUAACAAACUGGACUAUACACCAUUGCAUUGAUACACACAUACACACCUGUGCACACCUAUACACACCUGUAUACACCCUGUAUAACAAACCGGACUACACACCACUCACACACACACACACACAGACUACACACACAUUUUUACACACCUGUAAACUGUAAACACACCUACCUGUACGAACACCUGAUCAUUUCCAGGCCGUCCUGGAUGUUUCCGAUUUAAAUAAACAUUUCUAGUGAUUUAUAACAGUUAUUAAAUCUAUUCUAAGAGUUA